GUUCUGGGCUGUUUCUUUCCUUCUUUCUUUCUUUAUUUCUACAUCAAGCAACUCAAAGACAGAUUUUCUGUUUUCUUCAUUCUUUGCAACUUGAUAUAGCAGAUUUUCUACUCUCGUUCCGCUUUUAAGGUUACUAUCAACAGGUCCAGAUCUCCAUGUCAGAUUUGAAGUGGGUUUUCUUAUUGUUUGGCACUAUUUUGGACUCAAAUUUGAUUUCUUGGAGAGUGUUAUGAGAAUUUGAGGUGGGAUUUUUGUUGGGACAUUGUUCAUCGAUUUUUAAUGGCUUCCCAAGAUUUGAUUGAAGUGAAAUUCAGGCUCUCUGAUGGGACUGAUAUCGGACCAAGCAAGUAUAGCCCAACUGCCUCUGUGGCAUCUCUUAAAGAGAAGAUACUUUCACAAUGGCCUAAAGACAAAGAGAUUUGUCCAAGGACAAUCAAUGAUUUGAAGCUUAUCAAUGCGGGAAAGAUAUUGGAAAAUAACAGGACACUUGCAGAGUCCAGACUUCCCGUAGAACUCCCCGGAGCUGUCAUCACGAUGCAUGUCGUUGUUCGACCUCCUCUUUCAGACAAGAACGCUGACAAAGUGCAGAAUGAUUCUCCAAAGAGCAUGAACCGGUGCUCAUGCUCGAUAUUGUAGUUCCCCAUGACCAGAACGACAUUGCUGCUUCAAUUAGUGUCUAGUGUCACUUCAUUUAUUUCCCUUAGCUGGUGACGAGAUGCAACUUAGGAGCUCAGUUUCUGAUCCCGAGUGGCUCUGCAGGGUGUUUAAUCCGUCACUCGUUUACUGCUUUGAAUCCUGCGGUUUCCUCGAGUAAAACAUGCCAGUUUUCUUUGCGGCUCAGGAAUGAGAAACUGGACUGCCUGUGUAGUUGGAUUAGCAUGCUUGUUCACCAAAGGAGUUUUUCUUGUAACCAAUUUGAAAGAAGGAUAAAGAAAAAAAAAGAAAAUUAUAGAAGUAAAUUGGUUUGUUUUUGGUUGAUUGUAAGCAAAC